AUGUAUCUAACAGGUACCCUGAAAGCUACGAUUGAGGAGGUGCAGCUGAGGUGGCUGAAUAUUUUGGGGUGUUUUUCUGAAUGUGCUUAUUCUGAGUUAGAAAAUAAUAUAAACAAGAAUGAUUCAAGCAGAGGCUUCUUCCCUAUGAAACACAAGUUUAGACUUCUCCUCUCCUUGUCCCUCCUCCUUUCAGGGCCUGCCCACUGGAAGGAGGUUUUUCCUAUCGCUAAUGGAGACCGCCAGUCCCCCAUUGACAUCAAAACUGAGGAAACCAAAUAUGAUCCCUCUCUUCGCCCCCUAAAUCCCAGCUAUGAUCCCGCUUCUGCAAAAGUCAUCCUGAACAAYGGCCAUUCCACCAGCGUUGAAUUCGACGACACCGUGAACAAGUCAGUGCUGACGGGAGGGCCACUCAGCGGGAUGUAUCGCCUGCGCCAGGUCCACUUCCACUGGGGCUCCAGCGACGAAGCCGGCUCYGAGCACGCCGUGGACGGCAUGAAGUACGCGGCCGAGCUUCAUGUGGUUCACUGGAACGCAGAAAAAUAUUCCAGUUUUGUCGAGGCAGCUCGUCAGUCGGACGGAUUAGCAGUCAUGGCCGUAUUCCUAAAGAUUGGUGAAUGUAACCCUCAGCUGAAGAAGAUCACUGACCGCUUGGACACGAUCAGAGUCAAGGGUAAAAGAGCACUAUUCACAAACUUUGAUCCUACUUGUCUGCUUCCCAAAUCUCUGGACUACUGGACAUAUUUUGGCUCUCUCACUGUUCCACCUCUGCUUGAAAGCGUUAUCUGGAUUGUUCUGAGAGAGCCCAUAAGUGUUUGCUCUGAACAGCUGGCCAAGUUCCGCAGCCUGCUGAGCACGGCCGAGGACGAGGCUGCCUGCUGCCUGCUGAGGAACUACCGCCCGCCCCAGCCCUUGAAGGGACGAGAAGUCAGAAGGAAUUGAAG